AUGGGAUCCAAACAGCUGAUAUCAGCUCAUAAGGAAAACGCAGAGAUCUACCAUGGAUCCUGUCUCUGCAAACAAAAAUCCAUAGAACUCCUCUGCCUCAUGAACCUACCCAAGGCUCUUCUCCCCUUGACCGACCUGGUAGAACUCGGCUACAACCCAAUCACUGGCUUCGUCUGGCUCAAACAAAAGCAACCCUACCACCACAGGUUCAGGGGUAUUGGUCGAACGGUGUCGUAUGAUGCUGAAGUCACCACCUUCAUUGAGGACGGUCGGAUGAGAAGACUCACGGGAGUCAAAAGCAAGGAACUCCUGAUCUGGGUUUCCAUUUCUGAUAUCUAUGUUGACGAGAACCAAGAUCAUGCUGGCACAAUCACAUUUGCUAGUUCUACGGGGCUGGCACGGACGUUCCCUGUUUCUACCUUCGAGGUUGAUGAGUAACUUUUCUGAUACAAUUCGCAAGGA